GACCUAAUUAAUCCAGCAGCCUAUGUGAUGUGUCGUAGAACACCACGCCAAGGGUGAAGACGAGCUAUCGAUUUAGGUCAUCUACCCACAGCAAAAGGAAAUCCACCAAGAUGACGAGGACCUCACUUCUCGCCGCGCCUCUCAUCCUCGCCCUCGCCGUCGCGCUCUGCUUCGACGUCGUGGCCGCCGACGCCGUCGCCGACUCGUGCGACGCGAUCCGCGACUUCGUCGACGUGUCCUUCUGCGCGGCCCGGCUGCGGGCCGUCCCGGGGGCGGCCGCCGCGGACCGGCACGGCCACCUCCUCAUGGCCGCGUACCUGGCCGCGGCGAGCGGGGCCAAGGCCGGCCGGGACGCGGCCGCCGCGGCUGCGGCGGGCGGCGGGCGCGAGGACCCGGCCGCGCGGGACGCGCUGCGGGCGUGCGCGUUCCUGUACGGCGCGGCGUCGGUGCCGGCGCUGCGGCUCAUGCGCGGGUACGCGGCGGCGCGGAGCUGGGGCGCCGCGCGGUCGCUGCUGCUGCUCGCGGGGAAGGCCGGCAUCGGGUGCGACGCCGCGAUCGCGGGCACCGCGGCGGCCGCCGCGGGAGGGAUGGCGGCGGCCAACCGCGAGUUCAAACAGCUCUCCUCCAUGGCCACCGCGCUCAUCAACAACUAGGUAGCCGGCCGGCCGCCACGGCGGGGCGCCCUGCUGUUGCAUGAAUGCAUACACGAGCAACGUGCUGAAGUGGCAUUAUUAAUUUUUCCUUGUUACAUGGGUUGGAUUUUCAGUAAUGGAUCAAUAAUGUAAUCGCUUAUGAAUAGUGAUGAACAAUUGACAUGGCA